AUGCCCCUCACGCUGCGCGUCCGCAGCCCACAGGGCAUGUGGCGCCUCACAGUCCCGGACGCCACAACCACAAUUCAAGCAGUAAAAACCCAGAUCGAGCGCGAGAAGCAGGUCGCCGUCGACACGCAAAAGCUCACGAGCGAUCCGCAAGGUACCCAGGAGCUCGACGACGGCUCGCGCCUCGACGCCGCGGGCCUCGGCGCGAACGGGUCUAUUAUCUAUCUGUCCGAAAAGGAGAUUGUCGAGCCACCGAGAGCGCCGACGCCUCCGCCGCCCGCGCCGCCGCCGCCAAAUCCGCUCGCGGCGGCGGGCCGCAACGUCCUGGCCGGCAACGACAAUGGCAUGAGCGCCGAGGACCAGGCGGCCAUCGCCGCGGCUUUAGCGGAGGACGACGCGCCGGCGUCGCCUGAAGUGAGACGCCCGGACGCGACGCAGAGCCCCGAAGCAUUGGUGGGGCCGCCGUCGAGCGUCGGCGGGCUGCUGGAAGGGCUGAUGAACGCGCCCGGCGGCGCCGCGGCCCUCGCGCACGCAUUUCAAGCGCGCCAGAACGCCCAGCGGGCCGCAAGGGACGACAUCUACGAUAGCGACGACGAGGACCGCGACGUCGCGCGGCGGCUCCAGGACGACUACGACGAGGAGGAGGACGACGACGAUGAAGCUCUGGCGCGGCGCUUGCAAGACGGCGACGAAGAGGGCGACGCGCGCCUCGCGCGGCGCCUCGCGGGCCAGCGCGGCAGUUCGGUCAACGACGGCGACGCGGUCCUCGCGGCCUUUUUGGGCGGCGGCGGGCCGCCUCCAUUAGAACGGCGCCUGUCGACGGGCGAGGACGACCCGGCUUUGCAACGCGCGCUGCUCCAGUCGACGCGGCCCCAGCAAUCGGCCUUCGCGGCGGGCGUCGACGCGCAGCUCGAGCGCGCGCUCGCGGCGUCGCGCGCCGAGGCCGGCCUCGCGGCGACGGAGCGCUGGGACGCGCCCGGGCCGGCGUCGCCGGGCGGCGCCGACGACGACGACGCCGCGCUGCAGGCGGCGCUGCUCGAGAGCGCGCCGCCCCAGCAGUCCGAGGAGGAGCGCCAGAUCGCCGAGGCUAUCCGGCUGUCGGCGCUCGAGGCCGCGCCCGAGGAGGUCCUGAUGACGGACGCCGCGGCGACGGGGGCCCGGCGGCUGAACCGGCGCCGCGGCAGCAGCGACCCCGACGAGCGUAUGACGAGCGGCUCGGGUUCGCGCAAGACGGAUUAACUGUAUGUAAUACA